AACGGGAGGGUUGCCGCCGCCACAGCGUUGCUGCGACUAGAAAGCGAGACGCGACGGCUUAUUGGGCGGGCGUAAGUUGCUGGAUAUCAUACAGUAACUCCACUGUACAGAUCUGAAUGAAGAGUACCUUUUGGAAUUGUUAAGUACACGCGGACUGCUGAGAAUUGCGUCAGAGAAGCAUGUCCGUUUCUCCGCGGAUGCACAGGAGAGUGUAGCCGAGGAUGGCCGCGGACGUGAGGAAAAGAGGGAGUUCGGAGAACAGAGCUCCUGCCUCGGACGAUGAACAUGUGGAGAAUACGUCCCAAGACAGUGGAGCCCAGUCUCCAAGGUCCAUCCUUGCGCGGUUUUACGGAGCACUCCCUAAAUUACUCAUUAUUGCAGCUGUUCCCAUUGCUGCCUUUGGUUUCAGAUAUUACCAGCAGACGCAGCUUCUCAAACGGCAUGAGUCGGGUCUGCGAACACUGGGCACGGAGGGGCUCUUCCUCUUCUCCUCCCUAGACACGGAUCAUGACCUGUACCUCAGCCCGGAGGAGUUCAAACCCAUUGCAGAGAAACUCACAGGUAUCUCCCCUCCGGCAGACUUUGAGGAGGAAGUGGCCCAGGACCCCAAUGGCGAGACCCUGACAGUGGAGGCCAAACUGCAGCCUCUGCUCAUGGAAACCAUGACCAAGAGCAAGGAUGGAUUCCUGGGGGUUACCCACAGUUCCCUGAGCGGGCUGCGCUCCUGGAAGAAGCCUGCUGUGCCCUCCUUGGUCUUCUCCGCCAGCCAGUUCAGGGCCUUUCUUCCUCCUAAGAACAAGCUGGAAGUGGGGGAUCCAUGGUGGAUUGUGCCCAGCGAGCUCAACAUCUUCACUGGGUACCUGCCCAACAACCGCUACCACCCUCCCACACCACGUGGCAAAGAGGUGAUCAUCCACUCCCUGCUGAGCAUGUUUCACCCUCGCCCCUUCAUCAAAACCCGCUUCGCCCCACAGGGGGCGGUGGCCUGCAUCCGCGCUGUCAGCGACUACUACUAUGACAUCGUCUUCAGGAUCCAUGCAGAGUUCCAGCUCAAUGACGUCCCUGACUUCCCCUUUUGGUUCACCCCUGGCCAGUUCACUGGCAACAUUGUCCUGUCCCGGGACUCUUCCCAUGUCCGCGAGUUCCGCCUCUACGUUCCCACUGAUAGGUCCCUGAAUGUGGACAUGGAGUGGCUGUAUGGGGCUAGCGAGAGUAGUAACAUGGAGGUGGACAUUGGCUUCCUGCCACAGAUGGAGCUGCAGGCCGCGGGACCCUCCAUCCCUUCCUUCAUUCAGGAUGAGGAGGGGAACAUCAUAGACAGCCGGGGGGCUGGUGGGGACCCCGUGCAGUUUGUUUUUGAGGAGAUCCACUGGAGGUCUGAGAUUAGCCGCGAGGAAGCCGCCCGCCGCCUGGAGGUCAUGCUGUACCCCUUUAAGAAGGUGGCAUACUUGCCCUUCUCAGAGGCCUUCAAUCGGGCCCAAGCAGAAAAGAAGCUGGUGCACUCCAUCUUACUGUGGGGUGCACUGGACGACCAGUCCUGCUGAGGUUCGGGGCGGACUCUCCGGGAGACAGUCCUGGAAAGUUCGCCCGUCCUGGCUCUGCUCAACCAGAGCUUCAUCAGCAGCUGGUCCUUAGUCAAGGAGCUUGAGGACUUGCAGGCUGAUGUUAAAAAUUCCACCUUGAGCCACAUAGCUGGCCUCCACCUGGAGAAAUACAAUUUUCCAGUGGAAAUGAUGGUGGCACUGCCCAAUGGCACUGUGAUCCACCACAUCAAUGCCAACUAUUUCCUGGACCAGACGGCCAUGAGGCCAGAGGAGGAGGAGGGCACCAUGUUCAACUUCUCGGGGGGGUUUGAAGACCCCUCCACUGCUACUUACAUCCGUUUCCUUCAGGAAGGGCUGGAGAAAGCCAAAGAAUACCUGGAGUAAAGACAAGAAGGGGGCAGAGAAUGCUCGUGUGCGGGGGAUUUGUGCAGUGACAGCUCAUCAUGUCACAAAUACACCAGACAGAAGCACGAAAUGUUUCCCUGCGACUCGGAAGGGUUCUGGGAGAUUUUUGGUUUCCCAUUAUAGGCAGCUUAUUUUUCACUCCUUAUUAGUUUCACCUCUGCUCACUUUUAAUUGGCCUCAUGUGAUUUUCCACAAUGAAUUUAUACACACAGUUUUUGUUAGUGUUUUUCUGGCCAGAGUUUUUACACCAGCUGCUUUCUGUUCAUGGCCUGUAGUGUGUUGUCUAUACAAAAGAGUGAGGUUGAUUCCCUUGCUGCAACAUACAGCUCAGAAAGGUCUGGUUUUACUUCAUUAUAUAGCAUCUGUAAAGAGUGAAGCAGACUUGACCUGUUGUGUCGACAAAAUGUUAUAAGUAGCAUUGCUGCAAGGUGUGUGUAAUACAUUUUAACCUUGUAAAAACUGGUAAAUUAGCAAGGGUUUAUAACUGUACCUAUCUCCAGCUCAAUAGUUCAGACCUUGUGCCAUAGCAGUGUUGGUCUCAGUUGUUAACUAGACCAGUUGAAGUGAUGGCUUUCCCAGAUAUAUUUUUUUUUAUUUUAUUUUUUUUUUACAAACAUCAUAAGAUUUAUGCCAAAAAGCAAAGACUGCACUGCAAAAUAUUAAUCUUUAUAUAUUUUUUGUAUUGUUGUAUCGUGCAAUACGUAAGAAAAGCUGCAAUAAUGCAUUUUUUACAUGCUGUUUUACAUGUAAAAUGCUGUUUUUUGUGAAUAAUUGUAGUUCUACAGCUUGUCCACUAGGGUCGGUUUUGAACGUUGCUUUCUGGGCCUCAGCAAUUUGUGAAGGCCUGGUCUGAAAGCUCUCUGAGAGUGGGGCAAGGCCUGAUGUCAUUGCUGAAUUUUCCAGAAAGAGGUUUUCUACUCUAUUCCUAGUGGGAGGGGAGGAAGGGGGGCAGCAGCCCAAACAAAUAAACAGUAGAUGACAGCAGGGCUGGUUUUAAAGCACAUAGUCUGGUGGUUUUUGUUGAAUCCAAAAGCUGCAGAAAGAUGUAAUGUCUGUUUUCAACUUUCAGCUGUACCUUUUCUACAGCCUACUUCUACACAGGGUAACUGAAGUUCUCUAGGCCUUUUCAUACACCAACUAGGAAGCUAAUUGUACUGUCUGCCACUACAUGCAAAUUAUGGAGAUAAGCAAUCACCUAUCCAUUGUGCUAGCAGCUGGCUCAAUGUGGGUUCCAUCCCAUAAAGGCAGAUUCUGAAGUGGUAGCUGGCAUCCUCUCUUUUGCCUCUGAGUGGUCAGUAAGGAAUAUCAGAAAUGUAGAAAUGGUUCCAUUUGGUGCCUCAAGACAGUUGUCUCCAAAACUACCUGUGUAGUACAGACAUCCCAGUUCACUGCUGAGGAUUUCUGGAAUUCUUUGCAUCACUUGCUCACCUUUGGAAUAGAUGCUGAGUAGAAGUGGGUUGCAACACAACAGCAAAGUGUCUGCCUAACCACAGGCCACAGGAUAAAAGUGCCCUAAGU